UCUUCAACCACAAAUCCUGCAGGAAGCUCCAAUUGCACUGCGAGCAAUGGCCGCUGUGACACCAGAACGCUCUGGAGUAUGGGCCAAUGGGCUUUUUGCCGAGAUCCACCCUGAGGAAGUGAUCUGCAUCUCCUCGCUGCCGGCACACCAGUUCUUGGGUCAAGAAGACCCCACACAGGAGCCCUUGCAUUUUGUGUUGCACACAUCUUCCUGCGAAGGCAAACAGAAGCACGCCAUUCCCUUGCUGCCAACUGGCAACCUAGUGUCUGGCCAACCUGCAGCAGUCAUAAGCUAUUGUCAGGUGCAUGACAUUCCAGCGACCCUGCUGGUUUCUGUUGAUGCUUCGCCACUUCCAGAUGGUAUUGCCGUGAAGGCUCUGGCAGAGACUGUUGCAAAACUUUUGGAGAGCACAGAGGCGAAGGAGCUUUCAGGGCUGCUGAGGCAGCCACAGAUAGUAUCGGAGGCAUGCAAAGAAGCGCGCAAGAACAUACGGAUGUCAGAUCGUGCUGCGCUGUAUCUAUAGUCAUUCAGUACGCAUCAUUGUAUGAUCCUCAAGAGGCGCGAGAUAGAGAGCCCUGACUCAGGCCCUUGGAGGGCCUACACGAAUCAGUUCUACCGAUACCACCUUCAAGUUGACUUUGCAGUGGAAUUUUUCAGAGGCUGUACAGCGCUGUACAUGGUGAAGUCACUUGUCAAGUUUUCUAUUGU